AUGAUAAGAAGUGCAAAUCCGGAUACAGUAACGCGUCUUCAAAUCGAUGAGUUUGGAAGAUUCAUGUAUGUGUUCCUUGCGUUUGGUGCGAGCAUUAAUGGGCUUCCUUUCAUGCGCAAAGUUGUUGUUGUCGACGGUACGUUUCUUAAUGGCAAAUACAAAGGGACGCUUCUAACCGCACUAGCUCAGGAUGGCAACUUUCAGAUUUUUCCAAUAGCAUUCGCUGUGGUCGACACAGAAAAUGACGAUUCGUGGCACUGGUUUUUUACGCAACUAAAACAUUUGAUACCAGACGACAAGGGUCUUGCGAUAAUCUCAGAUAGGCAUAAGUCGAUUGGGAAGGCUAUUCGAAAUGUGUAUCCGUUAGCUUCUCGGGGAAUUUGCAUGUACCAUUUAUAUAAGAACAUUUUGGGACGGUACAAAGGAAAAGAUGUAUUUCGUCUGGUGAAGAAAGCGGCGAGAUAUUUUAGGAUGCCUGACUUUACUGCGAUUUACAAGGAGAUUGAAGCGAUUAAUCCUGAACUUCACGGCUACCUCGAAAGAGCAGAUCCCCGAUUGUGGGCGCGUGUUCAUUUUCCGGGCGAAAGGUAUAAUUUGAUGACUACGAACAUUGCGGAAUCAAUGAACAGAGCAUUGUCAAAUGCUAGAGGUGUUAACAUUGUUCGACUAUUAGAAUCGAUACGGGUUAUGAUGACUAGAUGGUUUGCUGAACGGAGAGAUGCUGCUGCAUCGCAACCAACCACUUACACGUUGUAUAGAGAAACUACUACAUCCUAUAAUGCUUUUCAAGGUCGUGUUACUACUGCGAGACUCUUGACGGUACAAAGGAUCAAUGCUCAUCACACUGAAGUUACAUAUGGUGAGUCUUUGCAUGUUGUUAACUUGGAAGGGAGAAAGUGCACAUGCAGGCGUUUCGAACGGGAGAGAAUUCCAUGUUCGCAUGCAAUCGCAGCUGCGGAAUCCAGGAAUGUUUCUCGUAUAUCCUUGUGCAGUCCUUACUAUACCAACGCUUAUUUGGUGUGCGCAUACGCUCAAUCAGUCAUGCCGGUUGAUUCAGCGCAACCAGUUCCAGAUAACGUGGUUAACCUACCAUGCUUUCCCCCGUCUAUUCGUCGUCAGCCAGGAAGGCCUAAGAAAAAUAGAAUGAAAUCUGCUUUAGAGGUUGUACUUGAAAACAAACGUCAUAGGAAAGAACACACAUGUUCUCGUUGUAGACAGAGUGGUCAUAAUGUAAAAACUUGUCCGAUUUAA